AUGAUGAAAACCGAAGGCAAAGGGGAAAGGACUUUAAGAAGUGCUUCUCCACACCGAAAUGCCUAUAAAUCUGAUUUCCAUGCUAUCAAAUGCUCUUUUGAUGGCGCAAACAAUCCUGAAAAUGCUUCCAACAAAACCGGCUUGCAUCAGAAGCUGAGCACCUCUUCCAACGGAGGGGGAAAUGACCCACACAGUCGAGGUAGAGCUGCCACUUAUGGCAAUAGAGUACACAAGAUCAAAAAUAUGUUUCUGCAAAUGGGAAGCUCUUCUUCCACACCCUCUUGUGAAAGCAGUCCACCUGCAGAGACCAAAUUAAUCAGCCGGGCCACAGCAGCAGAGUACGGACCUUCUCCAGGUAGCCCAUCUUUCCUCAUUGUCCAAAAAAAUAAUCUUCUUAAUACAAGUACCAGCCCCUGCGGCAGUCCUGUGGAUUCACUGUCUGUGCCUUCUGCUGCCGACAAGGUCAUCCGUAGCAGCGAUGAGGCAGACUUGGAUAAAGUUGCCCUGGCAGAAAAAUUUUCGGAGACCAGGAAACUAUUUGAGAGAAAUAUAAAACAACAGAGCUCAGUGGACAGAUACUCCCCCAGCAAAUGUGAAAGAAGUGAGGAUAAGAGGAGACACGGUUCAGCUUCUGAUUGCAGCAAUGUGGUGGACCACUUCAGUUUUAAUACAGAAGCGAGUCUUCCAGUUGCGCUGGAGAAAGUUGAAAAUCAAGGUAACGAGGAGUUGAAGCAGCAACAUCCCAAUAGUGGUUCCAAAUGCUCCUUCCUGAAUGCAGGGCCUAUUUCUAGGAGGCUGGAAAGCUUUCUGGGUGACAGUGAUACUGAAGAAUCCAAAGAAAUUUCCAAAAAUUAUAGUCCUCCAAAUCAGGACCCUUUGAGAGGUCACCACAGUUUGGAUUCAUCUGCUGUUGCUGAAGGAUGUCCCGAGAAGGCUGUGUCCACCAAAGAGCCUGUGAUCCUCGGAGAUGAGCUAAGCGAGGCACUUGGAAAAGACAAAGGACAGCAACUGGUACUUGAGAAAAGCCUGUGGGGUAUGGGCAGUAUGCCUGGUCAGGAGGCUCAGUGGAGAUCAGAUAGUGUUCUCUCCCACGUUUCCCCCAUGGAGGGGACUUGUGCAGAGCUGGUUGCACAAAAUGACACCUCAGGGCAUGAAAAAGAAGGUUUGGAGACAGAUCAUGUUGUUCAAGAGGAUCAGGUGCUCCAACAUCCAGUGCAAGAAGGGAAGAGGAGCGACUAUUCCUUGGAGGUGGUAGAAGAGUUUACGGAAGGCAGUGAGACCAAUCAGGAAGAAGAAAAAGAUGGCAUGUCUGUGAAAGAUGGUCCAGUUACACGAGAUCAGGAUAUUCUAGAGCAGGAAAGGGAUAUUGAAGAAGAAGAGCAAGUGGUGGAAAAGCAGAGCGAGAACUUCAGUGCUUUUGGAAUAGAGAAUGCAGCUUUUGAUGAUUACAGGGAUAUAGAACCAGAAAACCAAGGGCCUGAAGGCAAAGAAAUUUUGGAGGGAGAGGAGGAGGAGGAGUAUAUGUAUGACAGUGAAUAUGAGGAGUUUCCUGGACUUUCUGAAGAGGAAGAUCCUGAGCCAGACCGAAAAGUCAAGUUCUCAACAGCUCCUAUCAAGGUUUUCAGUACUUACUCUAAUGAAGACUAUGAUAGACGUAAUGAAGAAGUUGACCCUGUGGCAGCCUCAGCCGAGUAUGAACUUGAGAAAAGGGUGGAAAAAAUGGAAGUGUUUCCUGUGGAAAUUGAAAAAGGUGACAGUGGUCUGGGCAUCAGUAUUAUUGGAAUGGGAGUUGGUGCUGAUCAGGGACUGGAAAAACUAGGUAUCUUUGUAAAAACAAUAACAGAUGGUGGAGCUGCUCAGAGAGAUGGACGAAUUCAAGUAAAUGAUCAGAUUGUUGAGGUUGAUGGCAUAAGUCUAGUGGGAGUUACUCAGUUCUUUGCAGCCACUGUAUUAAAAAACACCAAAGGCACAGUGAGGUUUCUGAUUGGGAGAGAGAAGCCAGGGACUCAGAGUGAAGUAGCCCGCCUCAUUAGUGAGACCUUAGAGCAAGAGAGAUGUCUGUAUGAGCAGCACUAUGUUCAUGAUGAUACAGAGCAGGAUGAUGACUACGAUGAUGAUGACGAUACAUACGAGUCACAUUUACAUGGAAAAUCUGUAGAAGUUUUUGAUCUUCCUGAAAACGAAGAUAUCUGUUUACCACUGGAUAUGGAUUCAGCACAGUCUCUUCUUAAAUUUAAAGAGCUACAAUUAAAGCAUGCAGUAACAAUAGCUGAAGUGAAUCAACUGAAGGAUAAAUUAAAAGUUGUUGAAGCAGAAAAAAAUGAAUGGAAACUGAGUCGAGCCCAACUUCAGCAAAACCUAGAUGAAAGCAAAGAGAAAAUUAAAAAGUUAGAGACCUACUGGUUAGAGGCACAGAGUUUAUGCAAAACAGUAAAUGACCAGCUCAAGGAAACUCAAGAACAAUGUGAUGCCCUUGAAAAGAAAUACAACAAGGCCAAGAAAUUGCUUAAAGAUUACCAACAAAAAGAAAUAGAAUUUAUGAGAAAAGAAGAGGAUCAUUCAAGGCUACUUGAAGAGAGAGACCACAAAUAUGCAGAACAGCUGAAAACAUAUCAGGAAAAAAUUUCAGAGCUUGAAAAUAAAUUAAAAGUAUAUGAGAGAAUGCCAUAUAUGUUUGGAAGUGGCAGUUUAUUGGAAGAUGGCUGUCAAAGUCCAGGCCAUUAUAAUGAACAGUCAAAGAUAAGAGAAGAAAAUGAAAAAGAAACAGAAUCAAUAGAAGAAAGACUAAAUUCUUCAGAUAUGUUAAUUUCUGAUUUUGAUGCUUUUGUUGGGGAUACUCCCAGAUUAGACACCAGUGCCCACAAAGCAAAAGCUCAGCUUGCUUUGAAAGUAAAACGCCAACCACCUUCUCGAUCAAAGCUGAAAGAAUCCCUUGGGGCUGGACAGCAGACCACAAAUCUACAGGAUGAGGAUUCAGAAGACAGUGCUCUCAACAGAGAACUUUCCACUGCGUACCUAACCAAGACCGUAGAAACAAGUGAAAAAUUAACUCUCCCACGCCUGGAUGACAUAGAUCGAAAGAGUGAAAAGCCUGAACAAACAGAAAGCACAGAAAGUCCUCUAGAGUCAAGUCCUUCUGCUUCCACGCACUCUUCUCCAGUACACAAACCAAACAAUGAAAAUAGCGCAACCACCACUCGUUCACCUCCUCCUGAAGAGAUGGCUCCAAAAGAAAAGAAAAAUGAAGACAGGACAGUAGAAACAAAUGAAGGAACAUCAUCAGGGAAGUCCAAAAGGAGAUUUCCAGAUUUUGGUGGAUUACGGAAAUCUGGGGGCAAGGGCAAGAAACAAGAAAAAGAAAAUCUAAGAGGUUCUCUGGAUAGCAGAGGUUCCCGAGAACUGUUGGAUGACUCUGGCAACAAUCUGUCUGCAUCAGAUUCAGAUUCCCCUGUUCCUACUUGCAUGCCUUUCUCUUGGUUUGGAGACAGCCACAAGGAGCCUCAGAUUUCUAGUAGCAGCCUGCACGUUACUCAGAGCGGGCAGGACAGUUGUGAACACAGUCAAGAGAAGAACAGAAGCAAGAGUAGAAUUGUCAUAGAUGAUACAUACCAUAGCAAGCCAAGUUGUGAACUUUCAGGGUUAGUGACAGAACCAAAUCUGUCAGGUCGCUCACACACUUUAACCUUCUCUUCAAAUGAGGCAUUAGAUGAUGAAUUUACAACAACAGGAAAGCAAAACCAAUGGCACAGUAGACCUAUUUCCGAAUGGACCACCCAGCAAGUAUGCCACUGGUUAAUGGGAAUGAACAUGGAGCAGUAUAUCACAGAGUUCACAGCUAUGAACGUAGAUGGACAGCAGUUAAUGCAGCUCGACAGUGAGAAGUUAAAGGCUUUGGGAGUUUCCAGUCAAAAUGAUCGAUCAACAAUAAAGAAAAAAAUUAAGGAUAUUAGAAAAGCACAAGAAAAACUGGAGAAGCAGAAGGAAAAGGUUCAAAAGAAGGAGAGAGAAGUUCGCAAGACUGGCAGAGUGGUAACCACUCUUGAAUCAAGCUGCUAA